AAGUCCAUGGUCGACAUAUAAGUAGUUGGGUCGGCCCAGCCAUUCCUUAAGACUAUACUUUCAGGGAUCAUUUCUAUAGUUUCUGACUUGAGAAAUGUGUUUCUAAAGUGUAUGGUCUCGCCAACCACGAUGAUGAGGUUGUGAUACUCUUUCCUGAGCGUGAAGUGAGCAGAGAGACUUGAUUUAUAUCAUAUGCUUUCUGCUUUUGAUGACCGUUCACUGUCUCCUCUGGGGACUCUGAGGGAAAGAGUAUGAUCAGAGUGGUAGUGGUUUGAUGUUGAACAAUAAUGUUAGUGUAUCUGUGCAACAAAAUUUAAUUUGCAUUUGUCAUUUUGUAGUAAAAAAAUUGUAGAGAUGGAGUUGAUUCCCAACCAUUAAUCGCCAAGAAAUCCCACUUAAUGAUUGUUAGUUUUGUUUGUUUGUUACAGAUAUAGUACAAUUGUUGGCUGAUGCAAAAGGAUUUUGUGUGAAUUCACUGUGAAACACGUUGCAGCAAAUCUUUUUUCUCUGCUAAGGAUUAUAAAGUAAAUAAUUUGAUAAUCUGGAGGGAUUAUUACCAAGAAUAGGCCGUGGUGAUGUAACCUUAUUUGCUCAUGCAGGCUUGAAUAUUGUGCUGCUUUUCUGCCUGCUCUGCAGACCUUUUUUUGUUUGUCGUCCAGAGGAGGCGGGUUUGUGCUCCACCUGCCAAGAAGACGGCCGGGACAAAUUCCGCUCUGCUGGCCUGGAGAAACACUCACAACUUAAAAAAAAAAAGAAGCAACAAAGGCUUUCUUCUCCUUUUGAAUUGUGCUAACUGCUCCGUGUCAGUGAUUGACGUGAGAAACUAGGGGGAGGAUCCGCUGCUGCUUUUUGGAGACGCAGAUCAGACUACAUGCUGGAGCUCAAACUUCACAGAAGAUCAUUCAUUUUUGAUCUGAGGACUUUUUAAAGGCUCUUUGAACCGUAUUUUUCAUUUAUAUUGCCGUGUUAUUGAUCGGAGGAGCUCGUCUCAGCGACAAACAUGAAACGCAAAUGAUGUUUAACAUUGCUAUAGAUGGAGCUUCAUUCUCUAAGAACUUGGAGGACUUUGACUCUAUUCGCAGUGUUCUCCUUUACAGUGACUUGGAACCUGAAUGGCUGGACGAUAUCCAGAAGAAUGGUGAGUUGUUCUACCUGGAGCUGAGUGAGGGUGAAGAGGAGGCUGCGUUGGUUCAGGCCACUGCUAAUCAAGGCGUGUCCACUAAUCAUGUUCGCUUCAGUGAAAAGGAGGCCGAGAUCAUCACGGAGCAAAGUAAGAAGCAGCGUUGCGGUUCACGGACAAAAGGCGAGGCCCCGCUUAAAAGACUAGCCCGGAUCCUGAGGAGAAAACGGCGGCCUUCUCAGCGUAGAGGAGGGAAGGAUGGAGGUAAAGACAGCUCAACUUUAUCACCUCCUGCAUCCAUCCUGAAGAACCAGCCCGGCCAAAGGCAGGGUGUGACUGUUCAGCAGCAGCAACUGAAGGAAGUGUGUGUCUACCUCAACCCUAAACGAUUAGGAGGUUCGUCAGCGCCUCUCUGUGACAGCGGAGGGCUGCUGGAAGCGCUGCUGGGAGUGGUGCAUCGCCCUGCAUGGAGCAGAAGUCAGGGAGAACCUGCAGCAGUCAGACAGGAGGAAAGAUUGACUGUACAUGGAUUAAUACCAAACAGUCCCGCCAUCAAAUGUGGGCAGAUUCUAAUAGGUGAUGUUCUCGUAGCAGUGGACGAUGUUGAUGUGAACUCGGAGAACAUCGAAAGGGUUCUGUCUUGCAUCCCAGGACCGACACAGGUGAGGCUGACUUUGGAGACUGUAGCGCCGGUGGACAAAGGCAUUGCUGGCGACACCUCGUCACUCCGUAAGAUGAAAGCGUCUCCACCGGUCAGCCAGUUGGUCCGUCUGCUGUGGGGGGAGGACACAGCCGAGCUCCAGAUGUCCAUCGGACACAUCCCACACAUUGUCAUGUAUCUGUCACUUAAACUGGACUCUGCAUCGCCACAGGAGGAGGAGGAAAUCUUGUACCAGUAUCCGGUGUCCGAGGCAUCCAGCCAGCUGAAAGGAGUGAGGGGAAUCUUUCUCACCCUGUGUGACAUGCUGGAGAACGUCACAGGGGGGCAGAUCAUCAGUUCGUCUCUCCUGCUCGGGAAACAUCUGGUACAUGUUGGCUACUGGAAGGAAAGCAACAACCUGCUGGUCAUUGGCCUUCCUGCUGAGAGGGUUCCUCUGCUGUAUCUGCAGACGGUGGUGGGAGACGUCGUGCGGACGCUAAAAGUGAUGUACGGCUCCUUAGACAGUGCCUUCUGUAAGGUGGACCACACCCCCAGGUUGGACCAUUUCUUCUGCCUGUUCUUCCAGCAGCUCAUCCAGCCUUCACGUCUGAGGGAAGGCUCAUCGGCCACACCAUCCGACGUCUCAGGGACUCUUUUCCUGGAUGGGCUACCGGCGGUCCGAUGGCUCACACUGCCUCCAGAAAUCAAGAUGGAGGUGGAUACUGUUCUUUCUGAUUUCGAGUCUUCUGAUUUUGGAGAAAUGUCUGAGGACUUUUUUGGCCUGAGGCGCCUCUAUGUGAUUCUUGGCUCCUGUUUGUUCUACAAGUCCUACCUGAUUGCCAACCAUCUGCCUAAGGAGGACCUGCUGGAUGUGUGUCUGUACUGCCAGCACUACUGCCUGCUGCCGCUGGCCUCAGAGCAGCGUGUUGGUCAGCUGGUCAUCUGGAGGGAGGUGUUUCCUCAGCAGAGAGCUAAUGGAGGCAGCGGCAGCACACCUGGAUACAGCCAGCCACAAGGACGCCACUUCCUCCUCAUAGUGGGGCUGAGGCACUUCAUGCAGUGUGUCCUGUUGGAAACAGGCGGCUGUGCUUCACCGGCUGUGGGCUCUCCAGGACCGGAUUGUGUUUACGUGGAUCAGGUGAAAGCCACCCUGCUACAGUUGGAGGUGCUGGAGGCAGGUAUUGAAGAGCGCCUCAAUGCUCCACCUGCUCCCUGCCUGUCCUGUGCUGACUGGUUCCUCCCAGCUGCCACGGCCCGAGACCGCCUCGACAGCCUCACGUCUUCCUCCCCCAUCCUCAGCAAGCUGGCCGGGGCUGUUAAAGGCUCCUCAUCGGGCUCCAGAGGUCGCAGCCUGUUCGGGGAGAAGUCCAGGAAGUCCAGCCCUCAGAGGAGCCUGUCAGACAGCGGGAGCGAGGGGCAGAUGGAUGCCGGGUCAGGGUCCGGUUCUUCAGGGGCUCCGGGCCUCAGUCCACACUCCACCCCGGACUCGGCGAGGAAACUGGGGGGCCGACGGGACUCGAUGGGGUCUGGAGGGUCUGAUGGGAGUGGAGGCAGCGGAGGACUCUUCAAGCAGGCAUCCAGGAUGAAGCACCCAAACCCUUUCUACCUGGGCACCCUGAAGAAGACCCUUUCUGAGAGGGAGACAGAGGAGAUGUACAACACCAUGAAGCUGACAUCAGGUGCAGAGAACACCUUGUUCCACUACGUCCUGAUGGAAACUGUGCAGGGAAUCUUCAUCGCUCCGACUCACAGAGAAGUGGCUCAGCUCAGCGGCUCCAUUCACCCUCAGCUCAUACGCAACUUCCACCACUGCUGCCUCUCCAUACGGGCCGCCUUCCAGCAGAGUCUGCCGGCCAGGGGCCGCCGUGCAGCAGACAGGCCUCAGAGCGGUGGCUGGGGUCUCGGUCCAGUCAAGGAACACGGGGUUCUGUUUCAGUGUAAACCCGAGAACUGGACCGACCAGAGGAAACCAGCUCCCACCAUGACGUACUGGGUCAUAGGGCGGAUGUUGCUGGAGCCCGUUCCUCAGGAGUUCUACGUGUGCUUCCAUGACUCGGUGGCAGAGGUUCCUGUAGAGAUGGCCUUCAGACUCUCCUUCGGUUUGGCUUUAUGAUCCCCUCUCAUCAGCUCAGUGGCAGCGAGGAACACAAGAUUUGUUGAUUCUCAGGAAAAGACCUCAAACUGUGCAGACGUAGGGAUUUUAUGCUAGCUGCCCACUUCUGAGGGAUAAUCUAACAUGGAACCUUUUUCACAUGAUUUCCUACAAUUGAGGAGUGCCUUUUGUGCUCAUCAGAAACAUGAGCAACGUUCUUUAAAAGUGUGUCUGCGCACAUUAAAUGCCACUCAGUCAGUGAAUACCUCAGACAGUUAGAGCAGAGCUGACCUUCUGGUGAGAGCAGCUGCCAUGAAGUUUACUAAGCUGGACCGGUAAAAAAAAAUGACGCUGCUGCAAACAUCUCUAUGCUCACACAGCAAAAAAGGUUGUAUUGAUAGUUUAGUUUUCACACAUUUUAUGCAGUGAAGUAAAAGCAUUCAUUGUCAGUUAAUUUAAAUUGUGUACAGUUUUGUAUGGAAAUUGAGUCAUUUGUUGCAUAAAUGAACAUAAUUAAUUAAAAUGUAACACAGUU